AGUGAGGAUCCCUUCGUCUGCCGGAAGUGGACAAUGGAGAUGGAGUUUCCCACCGCACAGUAAAACCGAGACGCAACGGUAGAAAUGGGAGUGAGUUCGUUUGUUGCUACGUUUUUUCCCCCUUUUUCUUUUUUUUUUGGAGUAAUCACACAAGCCGGAAAAUCGUGGGAGGGUGCGGUGGAAUUAUUGAAACGAUUUUCGCUGCCACAUUUUCACUGCCGAGUGAAAGCCUGCUUGUGAGAAAAAUUGUGUAUCUGCUUCAAUCAAUGAUACACCUUUCAUCGGAACACAUUACGUGGUGUUUGGAUUUUGGAACUCUCGGCUAAAGUUGGAUUUCUGGUAAAUGUUUCCAAUGCUACUACCGGUAAUACUGCCCCCCCCGGAAGCAAUGGAUCCCCAGCACCACUAAAAACACGAUAGUAACCUCUCGUAAGAAUUCCUCAAACAAACGAUCGACGAAACGGAACCGUACAUAACAUUUUUUUUUAAAAAAGAAAUAUACUUUAAAACUCGCUUGACCGUGCAACUACACUGCUGUCCUGUUGUAACGCGCACGUCUUGACACGGUACGGUGAAGCAAAGGGGGCAAGAACCCGCAAUCAAACCCGGUUGUAAAAGCAAACGAGAAAUCUCCGUUAGGUGAAGCACUGCGAAUCGAAAUACAACAACAAAACUGUUACCGUCCAGUUGCGGGGGGAAGCAAACGGACCAGAACCGUUCGUAACGCAAUAAGUGAACGUACAGCUGGUAUAUAUCUGAUUCUCGUUGGAGAGCUAAAUAAGGGUAGAAUAAAAUAUGACAGCUACAGAUAGGAAGUCUUUUUUUUUCUUUCUUGUAUACUUGAUUCUUGUUACGAUCUUAUACCUUCAGCUUUAAUUCCUUCCUAUCCAGAGAAUUUUAUCCAAUUAAUUGUAAGGGUAUAGGCUUAACACAACGGUUUCUUGAUGGUUUCUUAUCUUUCCGAUUUUUUUACAGGUAGACGAAGUAAAGAGGAUUACCAAGAAAAUGUAUCACCAGAUGGUGUCACCUUCCCAAAGCUUUGUGUCCUAAUUGCCAAGCAUAUCCUCAACGUCUGCAAUCAAAAAACUUGACUUAUACUGAGUUAUCAAAAACAUCCCAAACGCAACGAUCACAAUGAGCGCUUCCAAAGACAUACGGUCCUAUCUUCAGAAGUGGAGGAUUCUGACAGCAAUACUGCUUCUACUUCUUCACCCCGGUCAAGGAUUUCUUACCGGUUACCGUGGAGGAGUCGGACUCGAUGGGUUUGGCAUUUGUCCGGCGGAUCUACGGAACUGUUCCUGUCGCUCGUACACCGGUGCCGAAACAGAGAUCGACUGUCCGGAAGCGGACUCGACCGUCCAUCUGCGCAUCGAACCGCAUCAGUACGCGGAGAUGCGCUGUCAGCGUAAUCGACGCUAUGAAUUCGAUCAGAUACCACAGCUCUCGAUCGGUGAAACGAACCGGCUAACGAUCGAUGACUGUCCAUUUCCACGCCACCAGUCCAUUCUACAGCUGGUGUCGUUUCUCGGUACCACACAGGUUAAGGUACUCUGGCUGAAGAAUAAUGCAAAUCACGAACACAGUGCGUCACUGGUGAGGAAUCACUUUGCCGGGUUGGAGAAUCUCGAUCGGCUCGCCAUCAGCAAUGCGAAACUAAGCGAUAUCGGACCGGACCUGUUUGAACACCUGCCCAAUCUCACCUGGCUAGAUAUGCGGGAUAACAUCUUUCAGCUACCGCCGACCAUAUUCGAUGCCCUACCGAAACUGCGCAUACUCGAGCUAAGCUUCAACAGUCUGGAGGAACUUAAUCCACGACUGUUGCGCCAUCUGCCAAACUUACAGCUUCUCACACUCUGGCACAACAAGCUGCGCACUGUCAGCCGUCAGGUGUUUACCGGUGUACCGGAGCUGGAGCGUUUGGAUCUGUCGGCAAACCAGCUCGAAUCGGUACCGAGCGACUUGUUCGCCGAUCUGCCCCGCCUGACCGAGCUGGCGAUGGGCUUCAAUAACUUCCGCUCCCUGCCGGAGGGUUUGUUUCGAGCAAACCAUGAACUGCGGAAACUGAAACUAGCGUCGCAGCGGGUCGAGCUCGAAACGUUACCGCGCGAUCUCUUGCAGAACUUACCGGCACUGGAGCAGGUUAACUUGGAGCGGAUGGGACUCACCAGUCUGCCCGGUACGCUGCUGCACGGAUCGCCCAACGUAACCCAACUGAAUCUUGCCUUCAACCAACUUCGUCAACUACCCGAAGAUCUAUUGCGGGAUCAAAAAGCGCUGUACAUUCUACAGCUACAGCAUAACCAGCUGACAAAUCUGCCGGAUGGAUUGCUAAAGAAUACCAGAGAUCUACAUACCCUCCGGUUGUCGCAUAAUCAAAUUGGUGAACUCUCCGCUGACAUACUGAAGGCAUUGGGAAAAUUAGAGGAACUCUAUCUCGACCACAACCAGCUACAUACGAUCGAGCUCAACGCAUUCCGUUAUACAACCGCCUUACAUACGCUGCAUCUGCAAGCUAAUCAACUGGCGUUCGAAACACUCAACGCCCUGCCCGGACCGGCACUGGACAAGAACGAUGAAGAUCCAAGCGAUAUCCCCGCACCGGACGAGUUCGGUAUGUUCGUACAGGACGGUACACCCUUCCAGCAUCUGCACCAACUGCGCGAGCUCGAUCUGUCGUCAAACUGGCUGACGGCGGUACCGCGUGAUCUGCUUCUCAACACCCACGAACUGCAGCGGCUCAAUCUAACGCGCAAUAACAUCACUAGCCUGACAUACGCGAACCUUCAAUUUCUGGCGCCAGCUAUUACGGUCGAUUUGCGCCACAAUAACAUCAUCGAGAUCAAUCUCGCUGAUAUGGAGCGUUUGGUAUUGUUGGAACGCCGCAGCUACGAGGAGCAAACCGGAAGAGCGCGGAUACUGCUGAACGAUAACCCCCUUAACUGCAACUGUAUUGCGUAUGCGUUUGCAAAGUACAUUCAGAACAAGCUGGCCACCGCUGUGUACGAUCGGUUGGAGCUGGUGGCAGAUGCCCUUACCUGCCAGGGUCCGGAACACCUGCAGGGAAUGCUAAUAAAGGAUGUACCGACACGGGAGCUGCUAUGCGAUCUAGACACGCCGACGACGCAGAUACGCCAUUGUCCGACCGCUUGUAAAUGUUUUAUACGUCCGGAAGAUAUGGGUGUUAUAGUGGACUGCAGUAGCCAAGGAUUGACGGAGGUACCGGAACUGCCCCGUCCAUCCACAUUCGGCUAUCGGUUUAUUGAGUUGCACGUCGAGAACAACAACAUCAGUGUGCUACCCGAUAAGCCGACGACAGUAGCCGGCGGCUGGAGUGAGGUACGUGAGCUGUACGCAUCAAACAACACGAUCGGUACGCUAGAAACUGCUCAGCUGCCGAAUGGAUUGCGUCUACUUGAUCUCACCCGUAACCGACUUACGGAACUGAGCGCCCCCAUUGCGGAAAUGUUGAGCGCAAGCACGACACUGAAUACGUUGCGACUUGCCCACAACGUUUGGACUUGUGAGUGUGAGGCGACACAGUUUGUGACGUUCGCACACACGAACCAACGCCGUAUAGAGGACUUUGGACGACUUCGUUGCUCUGACGGACGGCAGCUGGAGCAUACGACGCUCGGUGAUCUGUGUACCGAUCGUACGCACACGAUCGUGUUGGUGUGCGUCAUCGUGUCAGUGCUCGCUUGUCUAGCGGCGAUGCUUUCCUUCGUGUACUACACAUACAAGCUCGAGCUGAAGGUAUGGCUGUUCAAGCACGGUAUCUGCCUGUGGCUCGUCGCUGAGGAGGAGCUCGACAAGGAUAAGCUUUACGAUGCGUUCGUAUCAUACUCCCACAAAGACGAAGCAUUCAUAACCGAACAUCUGGUGCCGACGCUAGAGCGUGAUCCGAUGAACUUCAAACUUUGCUGGCACGUCCGUGACUGGACGCCGGGUGAAAUGAUCUCCUCACAGAUAUCAAGUUCAGUGGAGCAAUCACGGCGUACUAUUAUCGUGCUGUCGACCAACUUCCUAGAGUCUCUCUGGGGUCAACUAGAGUUCCGCACAGCACAUCUUCAAUCGAUGGCGGAACGACGCAACCGGUUGAUCAUCGUGAUUUACGGCGAUAUUGGCAGUAUCGAUGAGCUCGAGCCGGAACUGCGCGCCUACCUCCACACCAACACGUACGUGCGCUGGGGUGAUCCAUGGUUUUGGGACAAGGUGCGCUUUGCCAUGCCGCAUCCACCGAAGGUGCGAGGCGCCACAGGUACCAGUACCGCUGUCAAGUCCGGUGUCAGUACCGCCGGCGGCCUCUUCAUGAAACAGCUGCACGGUACCACGGUGGACGACAAAAUGGAGCUUAUUAAACCACAAACCGCACCGGCCACACCGCCCGUUCUUACCACACCACCAACCGAACCUACCGCCUGUACGGCACCCGCCUCCGGUCCAUUCAUUAUCAGUGGCAACGGUACGGUGACGGGUACGCCGCCCGUCUACUAUCAUCAGCCGAUCAAUCCCUACCGUGUCAGUGGUCACAUUAACGGUGCGUUCGUCAUCAACAGCAAUGCAAAGCAAAGUGACGUUUAGGGCCAGGAAGUUCGCUCAAUCAACUCCGAUCGAAACAGACGAACAAUGAUGGACGUGCGAAUAGCAAAUAUGGCGGACGCAAAAAUCGCAACAACCAAAUAGACUGAGCAUUGUAGCAAAAAAAAAAAAGAUCGGGCAUGUACAGAUUAACCCGUCAUGCCCGAUACACUCAAAGCAACAGAUGCACUCUUAUACGUUUGCCUUCGGCACACAAGGCGUGUGGGCAUUAGUACUCUUAUUCGCGUAUUUCCACGUACGUCAACAUUUUACAAAAACAUACAUUUAUUUUCAUCAUAGCUUAUCCACUGAUCUGCCUCUCAACAGAUAGACUAAUGUUUCCCUUCCUUCCUUUCUACUGGCACCAUCCAAAGCUACUACACGUAAGGCAAACGAUCAAAGAAACCGACGACGGUUUAGCAAGUAGUUUUGGGGCGUAAUUUUUAAUAGCAUUUCUUUCCCCCCCCCGGCAAAAACCGCACCUCAAGGGGAGGGGGGGGGGGGGUUCUUACCAAUGCAACUCUUUCAGGUGUGUUUACCUACAUUUUAUUGCCAAAAACCAUUGCAAAAAAACGGGCAAAUCCCGAGCGUAAUAGUGUGUUUAUUAAUUUAAGAAGGUGUGCACUCAAAGUCAUUAUGUUACCCUAUCGGACACGUACUCUAUACAGUCACAACUGUAUGUAAUGUUGUGUCUAAUACACAAAAAAAACGAUCUUCUUCCUACAUAUUUUGGAUGCAUUCUGUUGCAAAUCUUCCCAAUUUUUUUUAAAUUAAUCUUAUCCGGCAUAUUCGUUUGACUAGAUUUAGCUUGUGAAUAAUACUAGACAUUAAAAAAAAUCGUGUAUGUGUAAGAUUGUAAGCGAAACCGUUAUGCACGUGGUGGCAUAAAUAAAUGAUAAUGACAUCGUGAU